AUGGCUAAUUUAAACGACGAAGUUGAUAUUUACUUGGCAGAUUUAUUUGCUAAUGAGAGAGGGGAAGUAGGUUUAGAAGUUGGUGUGGAUCCAGAAGAAAAUACAACAACUGGUAGCGUAACAUGUGGAACUGCGACAUGGAAUUACAAUGGAAUAACUGUUGAGAAAGCCAGCGGUGGUCUGUUUGCUGCAGUUGUUGACAAAAAUAACAAUGUAUAUGUAACAGAUACAUAUCGCCUUAACGACAAAGGACGAGUCGCAAAAUGGACUCCAAAUACUACAAGUGGAUUAGCGGUAGCACAAUACAAAGCUCAGGCACUAAGUGCUUUUAAUUACAGAGACGACUUUGGUCUUUCACAAAGCAUGUUUUUAGAUGACAUUGGAAAUUUAUAUGUUGCAAAUAGUUUAGGAACACAAGUACGGUCAGUUCCAGGAGUCGGUGGAUGA